UUUACGCUUUUACACGUUGGCAUGGAUUUAGGAUAAGAAACAACACUUUUGAAUAGUAUUUUGAAACGCUUUUAAACGUUAGCUACUUCAAAUUAGCAGAGUGUUUUGUUUAUUUGUUUAGCUAAUGCAUCAACAAGAUUUAAAACAAUUUAGAUUACGAAAACGUGCAAUCGGGGAUAUUUGUUCUGCUCUGAAGUUUCUGGUGCUAGCUAGCUUAGCACAACUGGCUGGCCUUUGUUUUUCAUGUGUUUUUUUCAGCCAGUACUGUUGACCAGCUAACUAAUCAUUUCGCCUGUCAACAUCCCUGGAUUUUCUAAAGAUGAAGAGAAAAGUGGCUAGAUUACGGUUAAGUCCAAAUGAAGAAGCUCAACUCAUUCGAGAGGAACACAAAAGGAGAAGGAAGCUGCGAAUACAACAGGUGCGGGAACAGGAGCGGUAUAUCGCCCUGCAAAUCCGCACGGAGGUGCAGCAGCGACGGGAGCGCGAGCUGCAGAACCUGGCGGAGGAGAUGAAGGAGGAGUGGGAGCGACAGCAGAGGAAGAAACUGGAGACCCUGCAAAAGUUAUACCAGGACAAUCUCCGAGUUUUGGGAGAGGGACAUAGAAAUGCCAAAGAAAAUGAGCCUGACUGGGAGGCAAUUGCACAGAAAAAUGAGGAGUAUGAUGUUCGGGCAGAUGAGUGCUAUCGAGAUGCCCUCAAAGAGCUCAAAUCACAGAGACAGAAAGAGCAGGAGGAACAAAAUCGCUUUAUUGAGGCUAGGAAGAAGGCCAUACAGGUGGAGAAGGAGAGGGCAGCAAAAGUGGCCAACCUCCCAUCCCUUCCACCCAACCCAAUUGAGAAUGUUGAGUCAAGGAAGCUGCCAGCAGUGAAGAAAUCAGACGUGGAUGCCUUCUCUGUGACCCACUAUCACAUGCCAGAGACUGCAGUGGACAGGGAAGUCGACACAGCACAGCCAAAGGCAUGGGAGGUGGCAGAGGAGGAGGCGCGGCGCCUGCAGGAGCUAGGGCAGGAGGAGCAGAGGGAGAGACAGGAGCAGCUGGAGAAGGCUCGUCUUAGGGGCAAUAACGCGCUGAGGAGGGAACAGCUCACACAGGACCGAGAGCACCUCCUGGUAGAGCUGGAACACAUGCAUCAGACAGACCUGUUGAGACACAGGCAGGUGAUGGCUCAGAUGCCUGCCCAGAUCUUCCAGCCGCUCUACAAGAGACAGGAGAUGAGGGAGGACUGGCAGAGGGACAUGGAGUUCGCCUUUGAGGACAUGUACACUGGGGAGAGGAGAGUGAAAGGUGACCUGGUGCUGCAGCUGGUUCCAGAGCCUCUCCCAGCCGUGUCCACUGGCAGCCAGGAUGAAGACCUGACCCUGGAGGAGGCCACUCCUGACCUUACUCCCUCGGCUGGGGCAGUGGAACAACAGGAGGAAGAACCAUCCAGGCCUCUAGGUGGCGCUCCCAGACAGGCCUUGAAGAAACUACUGACUCGCAUCAGGUCACAGAGAGACCAGUGGAGCUACCGGAGGCUGGUUGACACCCCGUCUGACCGACAAACUAUUCAUACAGCAGAGCGUGACACGACCGCAGACGGUACGACCAUUGAGACAGGCUCUCUGGCCAGCGAGGAGCGGGGCCGACCGUUGACCACUAGUCCCAGACUCCCUGACCCCUCUCAGCCAGCCCAAGCUAUAGAGACAACAGAGGAGUCCAUAGUGGCUGGUACCCUGCUCCAUCCUGAUAAACAAGCCAUCAAGAUCCACACAUUCAAAACUGAGAGGAAGAGAAGGGAGGAGGAGCUGGAGAGGCAGGAGCAGAUAGCCCUGCUACAGGACUUGGAGGAGAAGAAGAGCAGGCUGGAGCUGCUGCUGCUGCAGGAGGCCCAGGGAGAGCGAGAGCAGCUGCAGACGGCCAUGACCCAGGACACUGCUGCUGCAUCUAGAACACAGAAAAGACCAGCCAAGGACGUCAGCCCUGCUGCUCCAACUCCCGAGUCUACAAUACCCUCAGCUGCUGAGGAUGACCACUCCAGGAGAAUCAAAGAGUAUCAGCAGCGUCUUUUAGACCAGAAUAGGCUUCAUAAGCAGUCAGUCGAGGAGGCUCGCCGGCGUCUGGAAGAGUACCAACACACGCUAAGAAACUGCUAUUCUGGUGUAACUACGGCAACACGUCUCCCUCCUGGUACCACAGCCCAUCCUCUACCACACUUUAAAGGAGGAAUCAUUCCCCCGGUAGUGCCCCUAGAACUCCCCUCUGGCUCUGCCCUGCUCCCCUGUCUCCCUGAAGCACUUAGUACCCACUCUAGAGCUCACACCCCUCUGGACAUCCCCACACGGGAGCCCUCCAUCUUGGCUCUCUUCCUUCCUGGCGCAGCAGUCUGCUCGCAUAUCAGCUCCAGGACCUCACCAGUGCAGCUAGAACCCACCGCUGAAAGCCUAAGGGACCAAAGAGCAGGCGUUUCUGCUUGGCUGGCGGACAAUGUGUUUAGUAGGGUCACAGAGGACCUCCCUGAGAGGCUACCUCCCCCCUCUACCUCGUUGGAUCCCCAGUCCUACAGACCACAUCCUGUUUCCCUUCACCCUACUCCACACAUCCCACUCAUAACAAAAACUGACACCAUCCCAGCCAUCAGCCCAACCCUUUCAGAAGAGUCAGCUACUCUCCCUGGGGAGGCCCCAGUGAAGCCUGGGCCUGUCCUGCGGGCCUCUGCCAGGUUUGGGGAAGAGGUGGAGAGGCAGGAGUUACGUGAGGCCCAGCGUCAGGUGGAGGCCCGGAGGGAGGUGCUCUUCGUGCAGCAAAGGGAGCUGGAGGAGGAACCGAGGGAGCUGGAGGAGGAACCGAGGGAGGCGUUACAGGCACUGCUCACUGCUGACGACACACAGCCUGGUUCAGAGAUCGCUGAUGGUUUGGGGUCAGAGGUCCUGGGGUCAGAGCAUCUCCGUCUGAUGGCAGCUCUGCUCAGGGCUAUCAAGGAGUCCAAUGGGCAAGCCUCACCAUCUGUAGAAGCCAAUCAGAGCCAAGACGACACACUCGACAUCCAGAGUUCACACCCAGACAGACCCGCCCCUCACCCACUUCCCCACCACCACACCCGGGCAGCCAAACCCCCGGUGGCCCGCGCCAGGCUGGCCAUCAUGGCGAUGAUGACAGAGCAGCACGAGCUCAGUGCCAUCCAGGAGGUGGAGACUCCAGCCAACGCCAGCCUGAUCACAGGUCCAGAAGGGAGUGUGAGGCUGUCGCGUAUUGAAAGGGCCUUCCCAGAAGAACAGGACCACUCGGCCCACUCUGAGAGAGGUCACUCCAGCACCUAUGUGUCCAGUGCAGGGGAACACACAGCUGGGACUGGGAGUGAGACAGUAACUGGGUCUGGUAGAUCCAGCAAGCUGUCCUGGAGAGAGAGACUACGGCUGGAGGCUGAUGCCUCUCCUGAACCUGAUCCCACCCCAGCGCGCCCAGAACAGUCUCAUCACUCCUGUGAGUUUGGGAGAGGUGUCCCUGGCCAAUCUCCUACAGAGUUGGAGAGCCUGUCCUUCCAGUCAAUCUAUAGACCCUCAGAACCUGACUACCUGUCCUCCACCACCAUCUCCUCUGGCAGCUACGCCACCACUGACCCUGAACACAACUCCACAAUUGACUAUCUUUCCAACUCUUCCCUGCUCCUGGCUGGGUUUGGAAUAGGAGGAGGCGGAGGAAGAGGGAAAUAACCUUCAAUCAAUGGCUCCUUUUCGUCCAGACACAGUUCCUGUAGGGACGUAUCUGGUCCACGGUCUCCCAUCUCAGAAUCACUCCUACACAGCAGCAGUAUCCAGCGCAUCAUAGACAAAUACACCAGGGAGCUCAACCUCUCUCUCAGUACUGCUGGGAACCAGACGGGUCCCUCUGCAGUGAUCGAGGGGUCAGUGUGUGAGGAGCCCAGCUCCUCUGUGUCCCAGCAGAAGCAGCAGCAGAAGCCCUGGUCUAAGCUACUGCAGGAGAAUGAGGGACCGGACAGGUCACCUGUGUGGGGGGCCGACCCCCACACACUCCCCUUGGACACAGAGUCCGGAGCUCAGAGGCACAACCAGUAUUGUUCAGGAAUGGGACAACGCUGUCAAUCGGAUCAUGGAUCACCUCUCAGACAAGUCCUCCUCAUUGGCUCUGGACCAGGGGCAGGACUCCACUAUCAGCCCAAUGAUUGGCCAAUCCUCGGA